AGGAGGACUGACAAUCGAAUUUAUUCGUCUCGACUGCCGCUGUGCGACAUAAGUCAUCAAUUGGGGCAACAUGUCAAUAUCAAUUAUUUAUAUACACACCUUUGGUCCGUAUAGCCUCUCCCGGAAGUAAAAUGACUAAUUUUCAGCACUGAGUCUAACGUAGAGGAGAAGCGUCUGGGCUAAACUCGCGACAGAGAACAUUGUCUCCGUUCAAUUGUUAGCUUCCGGAUGAAUUAAACCUUCUUCGCCUAGGUAUCAUGGCCAGAGAUAACACAUUUCUCACGGGUGACAUGCGAUCCUAAGAAAGAGAAGAAUGCGGCUGAGCCCCACCUUCCUGCUGCAGCGCUGGCUGUGGUUGUGUGUGAGCGCCAGACAGUGGCACUGCAGAAAUGGCAACAACUGCAGACUACCGCUGUGUGCGAGGCAGAUAUGGGCCUACCUCAGACUGAUGGUCGACUCCCUCUAUUACAACACCCUCACCAACUCUGACGUCGUCAUGGACUCACUGAUGGAACCCAUCUUAUGGAUGGUGGACCUACUCACCCGCAGGUUUGGGGCGGUGUUUGUAUGUCUGUUAGUGAUACUGACCACUUCUAUCCUGCUGGUAGUCUAUGUGGUUAUGCUGCCCGUGAUCUUCGACAAGUACUCUCCAUCCUGGAUAGCCUGGCACAUGAGUUACGGACACUGGAACCUUGUCAUGAUCGUCUUCCACUAUUAUAAAGCUACCAAUACUGCCCCAGGAUGCCCCCCUACGAUGAAAAAUUCCAUUCCAUUUGUGUCCAUGUGCAAGAAGUGUAUCAUCCCCAAACCAGCCAGAACUCACCACUGUGCCAUCUGCAACACGUGCAUUUUGAAAAUGGACCAUCAUUGUCCGUGGCUGAAUAACUGUGUCGGCCAUUUUAACCAGCGCUACUUCUUCUGCUUCUGUGUCUCCAUGACUCUGGGCUGUGUCUACUGCAGCAUCAGUGGCCGGAACCUUUUCCUGGAUGCUUAUAGUGCUUAUAGUGCUAUAGAGAGCACCUACCAGACUCCUCCCUUAACGUUCAGAGACGAGAUGUUCCACAAGAGUGUCAUUUACAUGUGGGUGUUAACCAGCGUGGUGGCUGUAUCUCUUGGGGGGCUAACUAUCUGGCACGCAGUGCUGAUAUCCCGAGGAGAGACCAGCAUAGAGAGGCACCUCAACAACAAGGAGGCCAAACGGAUGCGGAAAUGUGGCAAGGUGUACAAGAACUCAUUUAACUAUGGCAGACUGAACAACUGGAAAGUCUUCUUAGGUGUGGAGAAGAAAAGUCAUUGGCUGACUCGAGUCAUCCUGCCCUCUGGACAUGUCCCCAUCGGGAACGGCCUGACCUGGGACAUCUAUCCAUUCAGAAAAGACAUGAUGCCCGUCUGAGCCAAAUACAAAAUAACUGAAUUGAGACUUCUACAAAAUGAGGAAACACCUGAUGUCUGUCUGAUCACUGACCCCACAGACUCUGUCCACACAGAACUACAUCUCCCAGCGGCCCCUGCUCCCUACAUAUACUGAUGUCACAUGACCAGGUUUUGGAGACGAGCGAAUACUGGGAGGACAACAGGGAAGAGAUGGGGAAAGUUUGCUGCUCCAAAGUGAAACAACCCUACAACAUGUUUCAACCCUGGUCCUGGCACAGGGCUUGUGUAAUAAAGGCCAACCACACUCCAGAACUUGUAAUGAUGUGGGGAUGAACUGUUUCAUAAUGUUUUCAGACUGUACUACAGUAUGAGUCGUCAUAUUACCCAUAAGACCUAGAGGUCAAACAGGGAAAUUAUUCCAAUUAUUUUUUUCCACCAUUCACUUUUCCCAUAGGUUUAAAAACAAAACAAAAAAAACAACUCUUAAAUUAAGGGCUGGGUUUAGUUUUGAUAACCGUGUAAAUCUUUCUAGGAGAAGGUGACUUAUCAAUAUAUUUGCCUGUAUUUACCCCACCCCCCCAAAAAAGAAAGAAACGAAGCGCUACUGUGACUAUCAUAAAGAACUACAAAUGCCAUGAUGAUCAGGAUGAGACUACCCAAUCAAGGGAAAGGUAAGAAUCUCGGGAUCAACUAUCUAAUGUCAGCUAAAUGUAAUGAAUACAUUGGCACCAUUUCUUUAGAUGGACAAUUCUGUCAACUGUGCAAGUUUUCAAUUGACAGAAUACCUGUUAGCAAAGGUGUUAGCUAGAGAUGACAUGCAGGGAUUUGUAGUCUUUCAUGAUGUCUACUUUGAUGCUAAUUACUUUUUUAAUUUAAUUCACCUUGUCAGAGAUUAAUAUGGUUAUCAAAACGUCACACCAGGCUAAUUAAGCCCUAGACAACCGCGUGUGGGGAGUUCCUUACUAAUCAAUGAACUUAACUCAUCAAGUACAAGGGAGGUACUUGAUGAGCGAUAUGUUUGCGAUAUUUCAUUUCCUUAAAACAACAAUAAAUGUGGAUCUCGGCUUUAAUCUAUUUUUAACAUUGUCUUAAGGAGCACAUUCAAAACCAUAAAACAUGUUUUCCCAUCUUGACAUUAACAUUGAGAAAAAUCACUGAAAAGGGGUUGACGGUAAUGGUUAACGAUGUCAUAAAUCAGCCAUAACUCCCCCUGCUACCGGGAGAAUGGAAUCAAGGGAGAGGCGAUUGAAAGCAAGCUUCACAAAACAUUCAAACUUGUUUACCAAUGAGUAACGGGGUUAGCGUGUUAUGCUCGACGCACUCUGUCUUCUACCCCAAAACACCGUAUGUUUGUACAGUAGGACAGUUACAUGCAAUGUUACAUUUGUUGACCCUGGAGUUAUGUUAUGUUCUGUAUUGUUCAGUUGUAUGAUAUUUUUUUUUAAAGCGGUCGACUCUGA